UUGGGGUUGCUAGGUAGCCUGGGCGCGUCCACUGAACUGCGUGAUGGCUGAAGUGCCAGAAGAUUAUGAUUCUGGUCCGGAUGAACCUGAGGAGUCGGAGCUUACCAGACCUAAACUGCCUGGACUUCAUAAACUGUCUCAAGAUGCUGAACUGGAGGCCGUGGCUGAGCCAGGCCCGGAGCCCCCUACGGAGACUGACCAAGCACCACGGCCAGAGACUGAGGAAAAAGAUUUCAAAGAGGGGGAGCCAGGGAGUGCUAACAAUGUACAGCUAAAACCAACCAGUGCGUCCGAGUAUGAAAUUCCCAGGGAGACUGAGAGAUACUUAUCUAGCAAAAUUGAACCAGGCAUUUCCCAGGAGAUGAAGGUGGAGACAUUCGGAGAGACAGAAGGAGAACUAGUCAAGGAUUUGGAGGUUCUUAUGGAAGGAAAACUUGAGGAGCCAAAUCUAGAGCUACUGGAUGAGGUUAAUCCAGAUGUUGCAGAGGAUGUACCCCUUGAGCCAGUCACAGAAACAGAUACAGAGCUACCAACAAAAACCAAGACUGAGAUUCCAGGGGCCACAAUCAGUGAGACAAAAUUAAAGUUACUAGAAGAGACCGAAAGAGAGAUUCCAGAGGAAUUACUUACAGAGCAAUAUAAAGAGGUAGGUAUAGAGUCUCCAGAGCAGACCACGCAAAAGAUUCUAGAGGAGAUGCAAAGAGAGUCAACUGAGGAGAAAAGGGCAGAGCCACUUGAGCAGACUAAACAGCUUACAGAUGAGAAACCAAAAACCUCUACUGAGGAGGCAGGUCUAGAGCCUCCAGAAGAGACUAAACCAGAGGUUCCAGAGGAAAUGCAAAAGGAGGUGGAGAUAGAACCACCCCAGCAGAGUAAAUCAGAGUUUCUGGAUCAGAAACCAAGAAAAUCUACUGGAGAGGCAGAUUUAGUGUCUCCAGAAGAGACUAAACCAGAGGUUCCAGAGGAGCUAGAAAGAAAAUCAACUGAGGAGAUAGGGACAGAAUCAUCAGAGAAAACUAAACUCGAAUUUCCAGACCAGAAACCAGGAAAGUUAACUGAGAAAAAAGCUUCAGAGCCACUAGAAGAAAUCAAAUCAGACUUUCCUGAGGAAAAAGUAAGAAAACCAAUUGAAGAAACAAGUCUAGAGCUAUCAGAAAAGGCCAAAAAAGAAAUUCCAGAAGAGAUAAGAAGAAAAUCAAAAGAGGAAGAAAUUCCAGAGUCACCAGAAGAGACCAAUCUGGUGCUUCUACAGGAGAUGAAACCAGAGAUUCAUGAGGAGACAAAAAGAAAGUUGACUGAAAAGGAGCCACUAGAAGACACUAAACCAGCAGAUCAAAAAGUGAGGCAGAGAAAAUCAUCUGUACUAGAACCACCACAGAAGUUCAAAUCAGAGGUGACACUAAGAGAACCAAUUAAGGAGAAAGGUCUAGAGCCACCAGAACAGACUGAACCAGAAUUUCCAGAGAAAGAAGAAAGAAAAUCAACUGAGGAAAUAGUUCAAGUGCCACUACAGAAAACCAACAUAGAGGUUCAAGAGAAGAUACAAACAGAAGCUGCUGAAGAGAGAAAUCAAGAGUUACCAGAUCAAGCCAAAUCGAGAGAGACACAUGGAGAAUUUUCAAAAGACAGACCCGAGCCAGUCAAAUCUAAGUAUUCUAUUGGCAAGGAUGAGCUGGAGUACUCAGAGUUUCAAACAAGAAAGUCAGUUAAAGAAAACACUGCAAUAGGAUUUCUUAGAGAAAGGGAAAUAAAGUCAGUUAGUAGAGAUUAUGAGUCUUCUCAGGGACUCCAAAAUCUGCUUAAGCUUGAUGAUACUAGAAAGGAACACUCCUACUUACAUGAAUCAAUGUCUCAAACAGCAUUAAAAGAGUCUUCUAGUGAAAGCAACAUCAUAGAUUUGUCAGAAGACUUGGAAGAAAUGACACUUGAUAUGAAAGCACAGUCGACAGAAAGGAUUGGGAUGCAAUUUGAAUGUCUUAAAUGGAGCCCAGACCAAGUUGCAGAGUGGAUAAGCCACUUAGGCUUUCCUCAAUACAAGGAAUGUUUUACCACAAACUUUAUCAGUGGCCGAAAACUCAUCCACGUGAACUGCUCAAACCUCCCUCAGAUGGGGAUAACAGAUUUUGAGGAUAUGAAGGUAAUUUCACGGCACACACGGGAGCUACUGGGAUUUGAAGAGCCAUUAUUCAGUCGCAGCAUCAGCCUUCCCUAUAGAGACAAUAUUGGCUUAUUUUUAGAGCGAAAAGGUCAUACUGGUGUAAAAUCUGAUUCCUUAACCUUAUCUGAAUUUGUCAACACAGUAGGAUUACAGGAUUAUGCUCCACAAAUAACUACCCCUGAAGAAAAGGAGACAUUACAUUACACCGAACCUUUACAUUUGACUUGAAAGAUCGAACUAAAUUACUUAGGGAACGAGGUGUGAUCUUUUUUUUCCCUCUUCUCUUUUUCAUUAAGGAUCAGAGUCAAAACUACUGGCUCUCUCUGACCACAGCACCUGCUCCUUAUUUGCAUUUCAAUUUAGCCUCUGUUAAAACAGAGAUAGUAAUACUUCUCUUCCUGAGUAAUUGUAAGAACUGCUGAUAAAUUCUAGUCAUGCACCUGGCAGUAGGAACAGGUUGGAGAAAUAUAAUUAAAAAUAAAAUCUCCUGCCAACGCAGAUGAUCUCCACAAAUGCAGAAAAGCAACAAUUUUAUUACUGAAUAAGCAUUAAACUGUGAGGCACAUCACAGGCAAGGUGCUAAGCAGAUUGCAAAAACUAAGAAAUGUCAUUCUUUUAGAUAACCAGGCAGAUACGAUACACUUCAUACA